CUUCUUAGCAUAUUGCAUUUUGAGUGAUUAUUUCAUGUGUCGUGGUCGUGGUACCAGUUCUCUGCAUAUUACACUUGACUUACGUUUGUCGUCUUUGUCUACUUAUGUUGGUUAUGAGUCACUUUUGUAAUCUUUGAGUACUACUACCGUCUUAAUAUUUAGUUUACUUUGGUUGGAUGGAGAUGUUUGCAUAUUAAAGUCAUGCAUUAUUUGUUGGAUUGUCCAUGUAUGAGCAACCUGAAUACAUACAAUAUUUACUAGAAGUUGGAAGAUUACAAAGAUACAGUUGCGUUGAGAGGAAGAGAGAGAUCGUUUUAUGAUGUGACCAGACCAGUACCAAUUAAUAAGUUAAAAUCAUUUGGAACAAUCUCAAUCGUUACGUUUUUAUUGCAACCGAUCUGUCAAAGUACACCACUUCCGGUCUGGAGAAACACCACUAUGGCUCGGUGGAUACUAAUCGGACUUUGUAUCGGAACAGUAAUCUCUGCCUCCAUACCAUUUAUCAAGGCUCAGAAGAUGGAUGAUAAUGACGAUCCGUCGAAUGUAAUGAUAUCCGAAAUGAAAGACGCUCCACUCCGCUAUGUCCGUGGCGUGUAUGAAGUGCCCCAGCCCCCAAAUGAGCUUCCUGUCAUCUACGACACCUACUUUCCAGUAAUUUUCGAAUUUAAUCUACCAAAGUGGGAUCCUGCCUCGAUGAAAAUUCAAUUUUGGAAAGAUCAUAAUAACUGCACCGAGUCCGAAAAGUUCUCAGAUGGUUAUCCAUGCCCAAUCAUGCAUCACAUGAACACUCUGAUUGCUAAUUUUGCUGGAAAUAUGACCCUAUGGAAAAAUCUCUUCUUGGACGAUCCACUCCCGAGCGAUGAACAUUCCUCCAGAGUUCUUUUGGAGGAUAAUCCCGACCUUGACCUGCCCCUCGUCUUCUCUAGAAAUUCCUCCCUCAUCCUCGACCAAGAGUAUUAUUGCAGCAAAAUAGUCCCCCAUUUUACCAACUUUCAAACCAGUCGGGAUCGUGUGGACGAAUAUUACAAACUUUUGGAUAAGUGUGAAAACGACUUGGUUCCUGUCGUCGUAAACAUGAGCGAGUCCACAGUCUCAUUAGAAUCCAUGUAUCAUACCACAUUUUCCUCAUUUGUAUCGGAUUAUUGGGACCGGUUGCCGUCCAUGAUUAGCAAACAGGCCGUCACCGUGAGUGUCUGGUCGAGUUUGGAAUCUACCCUUCUUUUACAUCAGUAUAUGGAGACCCAGAAAUGGACGAAUGCAAUAAAUUCAUGUCAACAAAGCCAAAUUCCCUGGACAUUAAUCGACCAUGACGCAAUAACUUCAGCUAUCCAAAGCCACACGCUCUUCGACUCGCACCAGUUGGCGAUUCCCCUCACGGAAAUGUCGAAAUACUUUAAACUUCCCUUGACAGAUUGCGUCUUCGUCGAGAAAGAUACCCUCGUCGUGCGGGUUUUGAUCCCGGUCCGAUUUCACGCCAAGGAAGAAGAAGACUUGGCAAAUAAAGAGAUUAAAUCAAAAAGUGCCUACAAAAUUAUCAAAUUUGAACCCAUCGUAUUUCACGAGGAUGGCGAAUUCUGCUGGAUUGAUGGCAUUCGAAACAAGAGAUUCGUCACGGACUCUGCCCACGAGGGCAACUUAUACGUCACCGAGUGCAAUAGUGGCGAAGGGGAGCAGAAACUGUGUCACAUUCCGAUCAACCAUUACUCCUCCCAUGACGCCGCGGAUCCCUGCGCCCAAGCGCUUUACACUGAUUCGGAACAGGAAAUUGUUGAAUCAUGCGUCAUCAAGUGUCUCCCCGUGGACAAGAGACACUUUAAUUUCAAAUACUUCAACUUUGCCCAUACAUUUGAUGACAACUUUAUCUACUCUGUGGCAGAUGACGAGCUGGCCGUAAAGAUCAAGUGCGAGGGGAAGAAACCCUUUAAAAUUGGAAGGUUAAACUAUGCAGCGUGGAAUUUAACGCUGCCCUGUGGUUGUGAGAUUACAGGAGGAGGUCCAACGAUCCAUUUUGAAAUCGCGUCCCCAUGUCAUGAUAACUUUAUUGUGGAAAAAAUAAGGCCGUAUCAUUGGAGAAAUAUUUCAAAAAAGGGGAAUAAAACGGUGACAUCUUCCGCACAGGCAGCCUCGUCGAGUGGUGGUUUUAGAUUUAACAGUGCCAGGACAGAGGAUGAGUUUGUGGAGUUAUUAGAUCAGCGGUAUGGAGCUUAUACGCUGCAUUACGUGACUCUCUGGGUGAUUAUCUUAGUCUUAUCGGUGACCGUGGGAUUGUUGAGUUAUUUCGUGGUGCAGUUGAGAGAGUGGAGAAAACACGAGUUGUUCAGAGAAAGCAGGCUCAUUUACAGUAAUGUCGACAACAGGGAAGAUUUUCAAAUGGAAGGGCCUGCAGCGCAAGUAUCGAGGUACUGAUAAUGUACUAAAUUUUACACCAGGAACGUAUUAUAACAAUCAUAAUAAUAUGUAAUAAUUAAUUAUUUACUGUACAUAUACAUAUUUAAAUAUUUGUACCGUAAAAGUAUGUGUUUGUGAUAAAUUGUGUCAGUAGUAAUUUAGGACGAAUUUUAUGUUCAAAUCUUCAGUGCCAUAUUUUAACCAUUAUUUUUAACUGGUCUAAUUUACAAUUAGUGCAAUUCUACGUUUUAUAUAAUUCUAACGAAUUUUUGAUGGCCAAUAAAAAUAAAAUGCUCAUUAUAGAAAGGA